CGGUGGGCAAUUCCCAGCAACCUCGAACUUCCUGGAACCCAGAGGGAGGGAGACCCCGGAAGACCAGGCCGGACGGGACCGGAUCGCCCAUGCCCGCCCAUCCUCGGCUGGACCCGGUCGUUGAAUCCUAUUCCACUAAGGAUCCCGACUGCCAACCACCCACCAUGGCACCAGGGACGGAGCGGCAGCCCCCGGACGAUGGAUCCGGGGACGCGCGAGAUGCGGUCAGUACCCUCUACAGCAGCCCGGCCGCCCCGCACCCCGCCGACCCCCCCGAGGAGCCCUUCGCCACCUAUUUCGACGAGAAGAUCCCCAUUCCCGAGGACCAGGAGUCCUCCUGCUUCAGCUUCCGCAAGCUCUGGGCCUUCACGGGCCCCGGCUUCCUCAUGAGCAUCGCCUACCUCGAUCCGGGGAACAUCGAGUCCGACCUGCAGUCUGGGGCCGUGGCCGGCUUUAAGCUGCUGUGGAUCCUCUUGCUGGCCACCGUCGUGGGCCUCCUGCUGCAGCGCCUCGCGGCCCGGCUGGGAGUGGUCACGGGGUUGCACCUGGCUGAAGUGUGCCACCGCCAGUACCCCAAGGUCCCCCGGAUCAUCCUGUGGCUAAUGGUGGAGACGGCCAUCAUAGGGUCCGACAUGCAGGAGGUCAUCGGCUCCGCCAUCGCUCUGAACCUCCUGUCCGUGGGCCGGAUUCCCCUGUGGGCCGGAGUCCUCAUCACCAUCGCGGACACGUUCGUCUUCCUCUUCUUGGACAAGUACGGCCUGCGGAAACUGGAGGCGUUUUUCGGCUUCCUCAUCACCAUCAUGGCCGUCACCUUUGGCUACGAGUACGUGACAGUGAGACCGGACCAGAGCCAGGUGCUGAGAGGCCUGUUCGUCCCCAGCUGCCAGGGCUGCAAGACCCGGCAGCUGGAGCAGGCGGUGGGCAUCGUCGGGGCCGUCAUCAUGCCACACAACUUGUACCUGCACUCGGCCCUGGUCAAGUCGCGCCAGGUGAACCGCGCCGACAAGAAGGAAGUGCGCGAGGCCAACAAAUACUUUUUCAUCGAGUCCUGCAUCGCCCUCUUCGUCUCCUUCAUCAUCAACGUCUUCGUCGUGUCCGUCUUCGCCGAGGCCUUCUACAACCAGACCAACCAGCAAGUGCACGAGGUCUGCACCAACAGCAGCAGCCCGCAGGCUGGACUCUUCCCGCAGAAUAACGCCACGCUGACCGUGGACAUCUUCAAGGGGGGCGUCGUGCUGGGCUGCUACUUCGGCCCCCCGGCCCUCUACAUCUGGGCCGUGGGCAUCCUGGCAGCCGGGCAGAGCUCCACCAUGACGGGCACCUACUCCGGCCAGUUCGUCAUGGAGGGCUUCCUGAACCUGAAAUGGUCCCGCUUCGCCCGGGUGAUCCUGACCCGCUCCAUCGCCAUCAUCCCCACCCUGCUGGUGGCCGUCUUCCAAGACGUGGAGCACCUGACGGGCAUGAACGACUUCCUCAACGUCCUGCAGAGCCUGCAGUUGCCCUUUGCCCUCAUCCCGGUCCUCACGUUCACCAGCCUGCGCCCUGUGAUGAGCGACUUUGCCAACGGACUGGGCUGGAGGAUUGCCGGCGGGAUCCUCACGCUCAUCAUCUGCGGGAUCAACAUGUACUUCGUGGUCACCUACGUCCAGGACCUGGGCCACUUAGCCCUGUACGUGGUGGCCGCCGUGGUCUGCGUGGCCUACCUGGGCUUUGUGGCCUAUCUGGGCUGGCAGUGCCUCGUUGCUCUGGGCCUGUCCUUCCUCAACUGCGGACGCACGUUUCACCUGGGACUGACCGCUCACCCCGAACUCUUCCACCUGAACAAUGUCGAUGCCGACUCCCUCGUGUCUAAAUGAUUGCCGGCGGGCGGGGGCGGCAGGGCGGACGCAAAAUCCGGACUUCCCAGAUCCCACCGCGGCCCCCUUCCCCGUCCUCCCUCCACCCACCCCAAGCGGCCUGUUACAUUUCACUCCCUCCUGUCCGAAGGUGAGUGUUGGUCAAGGACCUUGGCCAGGCGCCGAAAGAAAAGCAAAUUUCCUCACGGGAAGGUUGAAAAGGGGAGCAGCCAGUCAAGGGCCGUCCACUCCGGAAUCGAGGCCAAGGGUCCGGCGACCUGUAGGCCCCGCGGGUCGCUGUCCGCGUGCCUGGCCGUCCUCCCGGAGCCUUAAGUUAUAGUUUGUAUUUAUGCCACUCACGACCGAGGGCUAGCGUCGGUUUUUUAACUUAUACGCGACAGAUGAAACUUGACGGUGGUGGUGGGUUUUUUUUUUUUUUUUGUAAAAAAUGCCAGCGUUUGAGAUAAAGCCAACCAUCUGCGGUUAUCUCUGAUGAGGUGACCAAGGGUAAUUCCUUGUUCGGAACGGGAUGUUUUUCUAGGGAAUGUUGACUAUGCUGAUUAAAUAAAAAACAAAGCAAA